AUGAAGUUUUUUGCAUUCGCUCCUCUGCUUUUCGCCGCCGCCAGCUUUGUGCAUGCCGGAACCGUUCAGUCUAACCAGGUCAGCCCGAACGUAGCACAGGCAACUGAUAAGACAGGCCGCUCGCUCGAGAACUUCAAAUACGCCAUAACCAUGGCCGAGCUGACCGAUAAUGAGAUGAAGACCAUGAUUGGUAUUUUUGAUCGCGUCAGCGGAAAGAACUUGGGAGGGGUUUCCGGGAUUGCUCGGCAGAUGUCCAAGAUCAUCAAUGAUAUGCUGGCCAAAAUUCCGAAAUCGAUGAUCUAA